CCGACAUCCCAGAAGAAGUGCUGGAAACAUGUGGAGCAGCUGAGUGCGGCCUUGUUGUCGAGGUCAACAGCACGAGCACCAAGCCAACACAGAAACUGGUGUGGACGCUCGUCGGCAGCUACAUCGGUGUUGGUUUGCUAGCCAUAAUAAUCGUGUCAGUGUUUCUGGACAACAUCGACGCCAAUCAGACCAGCGUGUUCCGUGAGAACAGAGAACCGUUCUGCCACACGUUUUUGGCCACAUUUAGGCUCCUGAAGGACUGGAGGCUCUUGACGCUCAUCCCACUCACGAUGUACAGCGGCUUCGAACAAAGCUUCCUCUCUGGAGAGUACACCAAAGAUUCAAAACCAGACAAACUUUUCACAAACACCAUAACUCUUUACGGCGUCCUUUUCCCGAGGGAAAAGGAGGCAGCAUUCGCCAACUACCGGAUGUGGGAGUCCCUCGGUUUCGUCAUCGCCUUUGCCUACAGCACGUUUUUGUGCCUGGAGUACAAAAUCUACAUCCUGAUMGCUGUUCUGGUGCUGACAAUCAUAACCUACCCCAUCGUGGAGUACCACGAGUACAAACAUCCCACAGAACCCAUCGAAGAGUCAACCUACCAAAAUACAAAAGAUAUCAUUGAAACAAAGUCCAACAGUAUUAUUUCUCAGACUCAACUGUAGAAACAGAUUUGUUUUUGAUYGUUUAUGGCUGCUAAUUAAGUGACUGAUAUCCACAUGUUCAGAUUUAUAAACUCCACAAUUAAUAUGUAAUGGUACGAUUUUUUACACAGCACUGCUUCCCAAACUGUCUUUGUCUUUAAUACUGAGUCACAAACUGUAAAAAAUUGUAAAAAUGGUAGAAACAAAGAUUAUUUUUGACCAACUUGACUGGGAACUAAACAUGGGUCAAAUGGGAACACUUAUUUAAGUAAAUGUUUAGUUAACAGUAAUUUUUAAACUUCAAGGGAUAUUCUUUGAAUUUUCUGUUUUCUUUAAAACAAUGUUUUUAAGAAAAUGUAUAUAUGUUUGUUUUCGUAUUUCAAUUUUAUCAUGUUUCUACGGAAGCCCAGAGUUUAUCGUUUUCCUUGUGUAUCAUUCAUUAAGCAUGGAGACGGCCCGAUCCCCACAGGUUACCAAUAAAGUUUAUUAUAUCAUCAAAAUGACUGUGUAAACGCCUGCUGAGCUGCAGUCGGGCCAGCUGUCUCCUUAAAUGAUGAGGGCUGAUGGGAAAGUUAUCUUUACAAAACAAACAUCACAAUUUCAACCUGAUGAUACAAAAUGACGUGAAAUUAUAAGGUUUUUAUUAUGAAGUAAUUAUCAGGUUGAUAGGUUUGUCUUUAGGCCCAGGCCACCCUUGCAAUAGAGAUCUGCGAUCUCAAUGGGAUUUGUUUGAUUAAAUAAUGGGGCGAGAU